CAAGCGUGUUUGGUAAGGCGGCAGUUUGAGAAGGUACCGCUUAACCCCUCAUCAUGUCUUUUUCUUUUUAAUUAAAAAAAACUAUUUUUUUCAAUUAUAAAAUAAAAAAACAAAUUCAAACUCUCUUUCCCUUUCUUCCCCUUAAUUCUCUCUUCCAUUUUCUUGCAUCAUUAAUAACAAACACCUGAAAACUAUUUCUUUACUAUUCUGAUUUUCAUUUUUAUCCCCAAAAAAAUAAAAGCUUUCGUAUUUCAUCUGAUUUAUUAUUUUCAGCCAUUUCAGAAUUUUCAACCGUUUUUUUUAUUUGAUUACAUUUGGAAGUUUGGUUUUGCUAGUUGAUUCCUCCUCUUCCCAGGUCAAUGUAGCUGGGUUUUUUUUUUUUUUUUCCCUAAUUAGGGUUUUCAUUUCAAAUUUUAGGGAUUUUGCUAUCAAACUAUUUAGUCCGUGAAGCUAGAUUUUUUGUAAUAAUCGUCUUUUUAUCUUUCCUGGGCUUAGAUUGAAAUCUCUAAUUUUUGUUAUUUUUUAUUUGUAGCUUUAUUCUUCCAAAGGUUUCCUUUUUCUUCUUCUUCUUUUGGGCAAAAGCCCAGAUUUUUUUGUUUGACGUUUUUAUCCCUGCUGAUUAUUGAAGAAAGCUAACAUUUUUUUUAGUUGAUCUGUUGGAGGCUUGGGGUUGUCAAUUUGGUAAAUCCGUUGAGUUUUGAGGGAGUAUUUGGAUUAGGGGGCAAUAGAUGCUGAAUUUGACAAAUCUGAGUGAAAUUAGCUUAGAUUAACCACUUUGUGGUAUUGGGUAUUAUUGAAGAGAGUUGUUUUUGUUUGUUUGAGAAUGGAUCAUGUGAUUGGUGGUAAGUUCAAGCUUGGAAGAAAGAUUGGCAGUGGCUCUUUUGGAGAGCUCUAUUUAGGGGUAAAUGUGCAAACUGGAGAUGAAGUUGCUGUCAAACUGGAAUCUGUGAAGACCAAGCAUCCACAGCUUCAUUAUGAGUCAAAAUUGUAUAUGCUUCUUCAAGGAGGAACGGGAAUUCCCCACCUCAAGUGGUUUGGAGUUGAAGCGGAUUACAAUGUCAUGGUAAUCGACCUUCUUGGACCUAGUCUAGAAGAUUUGUUCAACUGCUGCAACAGGAAACUUUCAUUAAAAACAGUGUUGAUGCUUGCUGAUCAAUUAAUUAAUAGAGUAGAAUAUAUGCAUUCAAGAGGUUUUCUUCACCGUGACAUAAAGCCUGACAACUUCUUGAUGGGCCUAGGACGCAAGGCAAAUCAGGUAUAUAUCAUUGACUAUGGUCUUGCAAAGAAGUAUAGGGAUCUUCAGACUCAUAAGCACAUUCCGUACAGAGAAAACAAAAACCUCACAGGAACAGCUCGUUAUGCAAGUGUGAACACUCACCUUGGAGUUGAGCAAAGCCGAAGAGAUGAUUUGGAAUCCCUUGGUUAUGUGCUUAUGUAUUUCCUGAGAGGAAGCCUUCCCUGGCAAGGGCUAAAAGCUGGCACAAAAAGGCAAAAAUAUGAUAAGAUUAGUGAAAAGAAGGUAUCAACUCCUAUAGAGGUGCUCUGUAAGUCAUAUCCAUCUGAGUUUGUGUCAUAUUUUCACUACUGCCGUUCUUUGCGGUUUGAAGAUAAACCAGAUUAUUCAUAUUUGAAGAGGCUUUUCCGAGACUUGUUUAUAAGAGAAGGUUAUCAAUUUGACUAUGUCUUUGACUGGACUGUAUUGAAGUACCCACAGAUUGGUGGCAGCUCCAGAGGGAGACAUUCCAGUGGAAGAGCAGGUCUAGCUGCAGGGCCAGCCAUUGAAAGACCAGAAAGAAUAUUGGUGGGAAGAGAGAUUCGGGAUAGAUUUUCUGGUGCAGUUGAAGCAUUUUCCAAAAGAAAUGUUUCGAGUACUAGUCCUCGUCAUGAACAUUCUCGACACAAGACUGCUGAGGAUGUAACUUUGUCAAAGCAUGUGCCUCCUGAUUCGGAUAAAAGACGCAGUUCUUCUCGAUACGGUAGCACUUCAAGGAGAGCUGUUGCCGGCAUCCCAAAUUCAUCAGGUGAACCCAAUGAUGCUCUACAAAACCGACUGGUGCCAAGUGGUGGUCGCGUGUCUACAACACAAAGAAUCCAACUUGCCGUUGAGUCCAAAACAUCUAGUCGUGCUGCCCCAGUUAGAGGAAGCCGUGAUGAUCACCCUCUUCGAAGUUUUGAGCUCCUCUCGAUUAGGAAAUGAUGGAGCAGUAAAACAAUUGUAGGCUGAUGUUCUUAUGAACUUGUAAU